AUGGUAGUGGUGGUGGUGGUUGUGAUAGUAGUGGUGGUGGGGAUGGCAGUUGUGGAGGUGGCGGUGGAGGUGGAUGAGCUGGUGGUUGUUUUGGUAGCGGAGGAGGAGGAGGAUGUGGUGGUGGUGGUGGUGACGGCACGGAUUCAACCGCCUGGAAUUCCUGCAAUCUUCUGUGUUAGCAGCAAAGGUAACUACACCACUAACAGUACCUACCAGCAAAACCUUACUGACCUCCUCUCAUCAUUGCUUUCUAACAGCAACGGCUACGGGUUCUACAACUCCUCCCGUGGCCAAAACUCCGAGACAGUUUACGCAAUCGGGCUUUGUAGAGGAGAUGCUAAGUCCGAUGUUUGCGGUAAAUGCCUUAGUGACGCCGCCUAUGUUCUCCCGGAGGCUUGUCCUAAUCAGAAGGAGGCAAUUGGAUUUUACAGACGUUGUAUGUUACGCUACUCAAACCGCUCCAUGUUUGGUUUAGUGGAAGUUAAUCCUGCUUUCUCUGUGAGGAAAGUAAAAAAAGUAUCAUCUACAAACUUGGAUGCGUUUAACCGAGAGGUCUCUGCCUUAUUAAAUGCACUAACAAGCGAAGCUGCUGGGCGUGGUGAUCUUCUUAAGUUUGCAGUAGGAAAUGCAAGUGUCGGCGCAAAUUCUAAUGUAACAAUCCAUGGACUUGCUCAGUGCACUCCAGAGUUGUCAGAGAUAGAGUGUACUAAUUGCUUUAAUGUUUCGUUGGGGGCUAUCCGAACAUGUUGUAGUGGAUCAAUGGGUGCGAGAGUCGCCACACCUAGCUGUACCAUAAGGUAUGAGUCUCACCCCUUCUUUUACAGUACAACUCAGAUACCAUGGCCCCUUGCAACACCGGCCUCUGAUUCUCCUCUGCCACCACCUGCCAAUCACACGGUUCCAAGAGGAAAGAAGAGUAAUAUAUCUCGGACUGUCAUCAUUACUGUUGUGGUACUUGUCGUUUCUUUGUUUCUAAUUAUAUCCAUAUGUAUUUAUCUGAGAGUGAAGAAGAGAAGGGAAAAACUUGAAGAAGGAGAUGAAAUUAGAAGUGCAGAAGCCUUGCAAUUCGACUUCAACUCCAUUAGAAUUGCCACAAAUAACUUUUGUGAAGGAAAUAAGCUUGGACGUGGUGGAUUUGGUGCUGUUUACAGGGGUAGGCUCUUGAAUGAAGAAGAUAUAGCAGUUAAAAGGCUUUCUAGAGAUUCUACACAAGGGGACAUAGAAUUUAGAAAUGAGGUCGCAUUAGUAGCCAAGCUUCAACAUCGAAAUUUAGUUAGACUCCUUGGUUUCUGCCUGGAAGGAAAUGAAAGACUUCUUGUGUAUGAGUUUGUCCAUAACGCAAGUCUCGACCAAUUCAUAUUUGAUCCAAUCAAGCGUGCACAAUUAGACUGGGAUAGGCGCUACAAAAUCAUAGUAGGCAUUGGGCGAGGACUUGUUUACCUUCAUGAGGACUCUCGUCUUAGAGUCAUUCAUCGUGACCUCAAAGCUGGUAACAUUUUGUUAGAUGCUGAAAUGAAUCCUAAAAUUGCAGAUUUUGGCAUGGCGAGAUUGUUCGUGCUUGAUCAAACAGAAGGGGAAACCAAUCGAAUUGUGGGGACAUACGGAUAUAUGGCUCCAGAGUAUGCGAUGCAUGGACAGUUUUCUGUGAAGUCUGAUGUUUAUAGCUUUGGUGUGUUACUUUUAGAGAUAGUAAGCGGACAUAAGAAUAGUGCUUUAUGCCACAGAGGGGAUGUGAAUCUUUUAAACUGUGUAUGGAAAAGUUGGAAGGAAGGGGAGAAAACUUCAAAUUUAAUAGAUCCCACCUUGAAGACUGGUUUAACAACUGAAAUAAUGAGAUGCAUCCACAUUGGAUUACUAUGCGUGCAACCGAAUAUAAUUGAGAGGCCAACCAUGGCUUCAGUUGUUCUUAUGCUUACUAGCAACUCUCUCACUCUCCCAGUACCCUCGCAACCAUUUUCUGUGAUUCAGCCGGAAACACCAACAAAGGUUAUUCGGUCAAAUCCUUCCCAAAACAACUCUGUCCAAAAAUCAGUAAAUGAGGCUUCAUUCACCGAACUAUUUCCUCGUUAG